AUGGCAUCCCCUGGACCUGGGCAGUACGACACCAGCCCUGUGAAGGGCGUGUCCAACCUGCUGAAGAGCUUGAGGCAGCCGGACAUCCCCUCCAUCCCGUCCCCAGGACAGGCCUUCGGGUACGAGGAGAGCGACCAGGGGAUCCUCCACCGGCAACCGCUGCCUCCCAAGGACGACACGCUGGGGCCGGCUUACUACUGCCCUCUGGUGGCCGAGAGCUCCUCCUCCCAGAAGUACAGAGGGGUGCAUUUUGGGAAGAUGACGGGGAGGCGGGGGGAGGCGCGGGUGUCCGAGGGCCCCGGACCGGGGGAGUACAGUCCUGAAGAGAAUCACGGCGUCCUCUACGAGAACGUCAAUGUGAAGAAGGAGUCCAGGAGCAGGGCCGAGCUCGUCCUGCCGCGCUACCCCGAGAUGCUAACGCUGCGGGAGGAGAAGAAGGGCGUCCCGGGUCCCGGGCAAUACAACAUCAAGAGCCAGUUUGAGAGGACGGGCAGCCGAAAAAAGGACCCCGCCGUCAACCCCCCCUUCCUCUUCCAGGCUCAGCGGUUCAUCCCAGUGAAGGAGGCGGCGCCCCCUGUUGGCCUGUACGAGGACCCGCGCUCGGCCUUGGACGCGCUGAAGAAGACCACGGGGCUGAAGAGGAGCCCCUUCGGCCAGACGGCCGUGCGCUUCGUUCCCCCGACCGGCAAAUCGCCCACGCCCGGUCCGGGGGCGUACAACGUGUUCGACUACGGCAUGGCCCAGGACAGCCUGAGGAGGGCGCUGCUGGAGAGGAACAAGAAGGGAGGGUUCGGGUCUCGGGCCCAGAGAAACCCCGCCUUCGUCAAGAGGGAGGAGGCGGAGCUCCCGGGGCCCGCGCAGUACCGGGUGGAGAAGACGCUGGAGGAGCCGUACAAGCAGAAGCACACGGCCGUGUUCAAGUCAGUGACAGAGAGGCUAACGAGCGCCCAGGCAGCGCAGGCCACCCCGCCCCCCAGCUGCUACAACGUACACGAGUCCUUUGAGAGAACGCACGGCCGCACCUUCUACAUGCCGCCCAGGAACGAGGGGGCGAGGAAACGACAGAGCUGCUUCCUGAGCGCCGCCCCCCGACUCUCCUCCUUCCAGCCCCCGGACCCCGACAUCCCAGGUCCCGGCCAGUACAGCCCUGCUGUCAAGUCCAGUCCUAAGAUGGCGCUGAUCGUGUCCCAGGAGGACCGCUUCAAAGAGCCGAAGGAUAUAGCGCCCAGCCCGGCCACGUACGAGCUGAGCCCAGCGAUCAUGGACACCGUCCUGAAGGGAACCUUCAACGUGACCCUGGACAACCCCCUGGCCGCACGCCCUCAUGCCCCGCCCCUGCAGAGCACAGCCCAGCCUGCUCUUGCUCUCACCAGCGCUUAAGGUCAAAGGUCAAAGGCAUCUGGAUGGAAAUUUAGGAAUUUGAAGACUGGAAAUUUUCUUUAUUCAUCACUUGUAUUUUCUCUGCUAUCACUGUUUGGAUUUUUUUUUUUUUCAACGUUCAAGCACAACGGAUACUCUCAAGGCCAAAAGACGAAAUUACAGAGAGGGGCGUCGGCCUUUUCCUAAUCACGUAAACGCUCUUAAGAAGACAAUGCUUUAUGGGCAGUUCAGUCCCGUCCCUCCCACUUCCCCCCCAUCCCCUUAACCCCCCCCCUCCCCCCCCCAACACCGCUGAAUCAAUCAGCCGUCUGUUUACGGGGGGGCGGGUUCGAUCGGCUCUCUCUCUCUCUCUCUCUCUCUCUCUCUCUCUACUGUGUGAAUGCGCAGAACCGGGC